AGCUACGGAUGCCAUGGACAAGAAGAGCUCUGCCUUCACUAUCGACCGCAUUCUGAGCGCAAACGACAACAAGAUCCUGGGCUUGGAGAAGCCCUCGGCCCCGGGGCCCUGCGAGGAGAAACCGGCCCCUGAAUCGAUGAAUCAGACGGACCUCAGGUCGACCUGCUGCUUCUGUUCACACUGCGGAGAGAUUCUGCACACGGCUGCCAUUUGGGGUAAGCGGAUGUUUGCAGAAGCUCACGGCAGGGAAAGCUUCAGUCAUGUGCAGAGGAGGGUUCGGCGUCACCGCACUAUCUUCACAGAAGAGCAGCUGGACGCUCUGGAGGAUCUGUUCAGACAGAACCAGUAUCCAGACAUCCACACCCGCGAGCAGCUGGCCCAGAGAACACACCUGCGCGAGGAGAGAGUCGAGGUGUGGUUUAAGAACCGAAGGGCAAAAUGGCGACGACAGAAGCGGCUUCCGUUCAGCCUACGAGGACCAGACGACUGGAAUACUGUACUUCAUAGCGACUGACAUGAACAAUGAUGAUAUCAGGAUCAUAUCUGUCUGCUGCGUGGAGAUAUUAAACUCAUUCCUCUGCUGAAAACAGAUCACAGAUGAGAAGUGCUGAGUGUCACUAGCUCUUCAUUUAUCAUCUGACAUCAUUUGUUUCAUAUUUUACUAAUAUUUGUACUUUACAUUAUACUUUUUGUCAUUUUUCAUGUUUUAUAUAAAUUUUCACACAAGUGAUAUUGUCAA